AUGAAAAAAGGCAGAUCAGGGGUUGUCAAGAGGAAACAAGAACAAUGUAAAGAGGGGGAAAUUGAUCCAAGGUUUUGGGAGGUGUUGCUGAGCGCUGCCAGGAAAGAUUAUGAACGUAUUUGUCACGAAUAUGGAGUCACUGACUUCAGGUGGAUGCUGAGAAAACUAAACCAGAAGAGGAAGGAAAGAGAGGCAGAGCAGUCCAAGGUCUCUUUUACUAUAAUGCCUGACGUGGAGUUUAGCAGGACUCUCAAAGACACGAAAGUGGCAGAAGGGCAGGAUGCAGUGUUUGAGUGUGCCUUAUUGGACCCUGUCCCACAAAUCACCUGGUGCGUCAAUGAUGUCUCUGUAGAGAAUGGAGAUAAAUAUGUUAUCACAGUGUCGGAAGACCAGCAAGUGCACAAACUAGCAGUGAAAAACUGCACAAAAGAUGACAAGGGAGUCUAUUCGGCUAUUGCUGGUCUCAGAUCAAGCCAGGGGACUUUGGAUGUGGAAGCCAGUGGUACAAGUGACGCAGAUGAACUUGCAAAACAUUUAGCUGAGGAUAAAGCCAGACUGCAGAGGGAAAAGAAUGAAGCAGCUAGGAGGGCACAGGCUGAAAAGGAUGAAGCAGCCAGGAGGGCACAGGCAGAGCGAGAUGAAGCGGCUAGAAAGGCCAAGAAAGAGCAAGAUGAUGCCAGGAGAGCCCAAGCUGAAAGAGAUGAAGCCGCCAGGAGGGCCAAGGCAGACCAAGAUAAAGCCUCCAGGAAGGCAAAGGCUGACCAGGAUGAAGCUGCCAGGAAGGCUCAAGAAGAGCAAGAUGAGGCAGCCAAGAGGUCGCAAGCUGAAAGAGAUGAAGCGGCCCGGAGAGCUCAGGCUGAAAGAGAUGAGGCAGCCAGGAGGGCACAUGCCGACCGAGAAGCGGCUGAAAAAAGGGCAGCCAUGAUGGCAAAGAAAGAAGAACAAAAUGGCAGUGGAGGAUCUAUCCUGGUAGAUGUCGAUGAAGGUGAUGGAUCAGAGAUGAACAAUGGAGGAGAUGGAACUAGGAAAGAUGGAAAAGGAGAUGGUUUAGAUGUAGAUGGUUCAAGAGGAGAUGGAUCAAGUGAGAAGCGCACAAAACGUGCAAGAGACAGUGAAUUGGUUCCUAACUGCAUCACAGAACAUGGAGUCCACUUUCUGAAAGGCUUGUCAGAUGCUGUUGUAAACAUUGGAGAAUCAGCAGAGUUAGGGUGCAAACUUAGCAGUGAAGAUAGCACUGGAUUAUGGUACAAAGAUGGCAAAAAGCUGGUGUCUGAGGAUGGGAUUACAGUUGUUAAAGAUGGGGCUCACCACAAACUAAUCAUCCAUAAAUGCCAAGAAGGAGAUGCUGGGAAAUACAAGUUUGAGGCUGAAGGACGUAAAUCAGAGGCUUCAUUAACUGUUGAAGAUCCACCCAAAAUUGAUGCAGAUGCCUUGGGUAAAUUCUCAGAACCCAUUGUUGUGAAAGCAGGAGAAAAUGCUUCCUUCAAGCUGCCAUUUUCAGGAAAAGAGCCAUUCAAGAUCCAGUGGUUUAAAGGGGACGAAGAGCUGCUGGAGGGUCACGGAGUCAGGAUUGAAAAGUCUUCAGCUCACAGUCGCGUACUUCUUACUAAGUGUCAGCGCAAAGACACCGGAGAGAUCAAGAUCAAAGUCAAAAAUGAAUUUGCCACCAUGGAAGCAGCAUCAAAACUCAUUGUACUUGACAGGCCAAGUCCACCACAAGGACCUGUGGAAAUUGUAGAAAGCUCCUUGUCUGCUAUCGAGUUUAAAUGGAGAUCCCCGAAGGAUGAUGGGGGUUGCCCUGUCACUAAUUACAACCUGGAGCGUCAACAGCUGGGACGGAACACCUGGACUAAAAUUGGAGACAUUCCUGGACAGCCUGUCUACAGAGACACGAACACUGAACGUGGUCGAAAGUACUGCUACAGAAUCCGCGCAAAAAACUCAGAGGGCCUCAGUGACAUCAUGACAACUAAUGACAUAGCUGCGGGCACUUUGGGUGAGAUUCCUCAAGUCCGUCUAUGUUUUCUUAGUCUUCAGAAAAAGGAAAUGUCAUUCCCUGGCUCUCCUGCUCCUCCUAAAGUGGUCAGUGCCUUUAAAGACUGUGUUAAUUUGGCCUGGCUUCCUCCCUCCAACACUGUAGGAGGCAGUAUCAUUGGCUACAAUGUGGAAAAACGAAAAAAGGGCAGCAAUUUUUGGAGUCAAGCAAACCUAAAAGAUGAACCAAUCAGAGAGAAGAAGUACGCAGUAAAAGAUGUAAUGGAAGGUGUAGAGUACGAGUUCAGAGUUUCUGCUGUUAACACAUGUGGCCCUGGAGAACCAAGCGGACCCUCUGAAUGCGUGAUUGCAAGAGACCCCAAAAAGCCUCCCGGUAAGGUCAAAGAACUUAAAAUUAGUGGAUCAAGCUACACCAGCCUGUCUCUGUCCUGGACUAAACCCACAGAAGUCAAAGGUGAGGAAGAUGAAGCAAAGGGCUAUUUUGUGGAAAUCAGGCCUGCAGAGCAACUGGAGUGGAGCCGCUGCAAUACAAAUGCUGUGAAUCAGACCUCCUUUACUGUUGUGGGAUUGAAGUCAAUGGCUAUGUAUUGGGUUCAAGUGAUUGCCACCAAUGAAGGAGGAGAGGGGCUUCCGCAGAGCUUUGACAAUUAUAUCAUCGCCAUGCCUCCUCCGGGUACAGAUUCUUAUUUAUUUAAAUGUGUUUGCUUCUGUGUCAGUUUUGAGGCCUCUCCAUUACCAGACAUUACAUGGCUAAAAGACGGUUUUCCUGUAGGCAAACGUGUGACGAUUGCUAAUUUUGAAAAAGGUUCUCAGCUAUUUAUUUACACCUCAGAGCUGUCUGACACUGGCAUCUAUACAGUCAAUGUGAAGAACACGGUGGGCCAGGACACCUUCGCUAUUGAAAUAAGAGUCACUGAUGACCCCAAGCCUCCAGGUCCAGUAGAACUGGAACAAAAUGUCCACGACACUGUGACUCUGUCAUGGACUCCAUCCCCUGAUGAGAAACGAGACAAUCAUCUACAUUACAUGGUGAUGAAGCGGGACUCUGUCAAGCAGACAUGGCGCACAGUGGUCGAUCGCUUGUUCAACAACAAAUUCACAGUCAUUAACAUCUUGCCAGGACGAGAGUACACUUUCAGAGUGUUUGCCAAGAAUGAUAUAGGUCUCUCGGAGCCAUCAGUGUCUCCUGUUUGGGGAACCACCAAAAAAAGAGAAAAACACACAUACAGCAUGCCUGUAUCAAAGACCAUAGACUUCCAGGCAGCCCCCAGAUUUAUUGUCCCAUUGAAACUCCAUGCUGCUCCGCCGGGUUAUGAGUGCCACAUGAGCUGUGCUGUUACCGGCAACCCGACCCCACAUAUCACCUGGUACCACAACAACAUCAGCCUCAACACAAACCCAAACUACUACAUCACCAAUGUGUGUGGGGUUUGUUCCCUGCUGAUCCUGAGGGUUGAACGCAAAGACAUUGGAGAGUACAAGGUUGUGGCCGAAAGCCCUCUUGGUCAUGAUGAGAGCGCCACCAAGCUCAUAAUCAAAGAGUGA